AUGGAAUUUUUUAAAAAUAAUGCUAAAAAAUUAAAAGACUUUUUAAGAAAUAAUAAGAAUAUUAAGUUAAGAAUGGUUUUAGUUAGUUUAAUGGAAAAACAACUAAUGGAUAAAGAGCGAAUAAGUGGAAUAGUUGAGGAUAAAGCAUAUUUUAAUUCUGAAACAAAUAUUAAUCUUGAAUCAACAGAUGAAAAAAGAAUACUUGCUUCAGAUAUUAGACGUAUUACAAAUGACAUUGACAAAUAUCAACAAAAUGGAAGUGGAUGGUAUUUUAAAGAAAUAGUUGGUCUUGAAAUACAUACUGCUGAAUAUAAACCAAUGAAUGGAUCAUCUUACAUUCCUCUUCCAGAAUGGAUAAGUAAAAAAAGAGCAAUAGUUAAUAUACAAAACAGAGAUGAAAAAUGCUUUCUUUGGUGUGUACUAAGAUAUAUUUAUCCAAGAGAGCAAAAUGAUGCGCGAUUAACUGAUUUGAAAAAGUAUGAGUAUAGUCUUAACACCAGAGGAAUUAAUUUUCCUAUGAAAAUAAAAGAUAUAUCCAAAUUUGAAAAACUUAAUCCAGAACUCCCAGGGAUAAAUGAUUUUUCAGUAAGUGAUAACAACAAGUUUUAUCCCUUAAGAAUGGCGGAAAAAGAUUGCCAAAAUACAAUAGAUUUAUUUUUACAUGAAGAAGAUGGUAAAUCACAUUAUUCUUUUAUAAAAAACUUUAAUCGUUUGCUUAGAACACAAAUAACUUCAAGUAAGAAUGGUGAAGUAUUUAUUUGUAAAAAAUGUUUUACUCAUUACACUAAAAAUGAAUUAUUAGAAAAACAUAUUUUAUACUGUUCAAGCAAUGAAACAGUUUCUGUUAAAAUGCCGCCAAGAAAAACAAAAUUAUCUUUUAAUAAUCACAACAAAAAAUUUCCAAUUCCUUUUGUUGUUUAUGCUGAUUUUGAAUGUUUUACUAAACCAAUGAGUAAUUGUUGCCCAAAUCCAGAAAAUUCUUACUCUUAUAAUUAUCAAAAACAUGAACCAUCAGGAUUUUGCAUCUAUAUCAAAGGAUUAAAUCCUAACAUAAAUUUUAAACCUAUUCUUUACACUAAAAAAAAACGAAGAUGA